AAGAAUAAACCUUAAAAAACAAAAACGAAAAAGUUACGCUUUCGACGGGGAAAUAACGGCCCUUGCAUUUUGUGACCGUAAUCUUCUUUGUUUUGUAUCAUUUUAACAAAAAUCACCCAUUGCCCACCUAAAAUCAGUAUUCGAUAACACAAAACUAUUUUGAGGUGUCCAAAUCGAAGUUAUGUUUAUAGCAACACAAGUUGAGUUUAUUUUUGUGGUAAAUGUACGUACGCAGUGUCUCAAGUGAUAGUUUCGACGAUGUUUAAUAUUCUAAAAAAAUAAGCUUUUUCAGGUGUAAUAAGGACGUUAGUUUGAGUAAAUCUUUGUCUUGGCUCCUGCGACACGGGGCCGUUAAAGAAGGCUUACGAAUAAGUCCUGAAGGAUACAUAGAAGUUAAUCAAAUAUUGCAGCACAAGAAUUUCCGAGGGAAGUACAAUCAGUUGGAUAUUGAGAGGGUGGUUGCCAGCAAUGAUAAACAGAGGUUCAAAUUAAGAGUCAAUUCAAAUACGCAUGCAUUGGAAAUUAAAGCCAACCAGGGCCAUACUCUAACAGUAUCUGAUGCCGAACUAAUUCCUAUACUGCAGCCCAUAUACAGCACAGUAAUUCAUGGAACAUAUUUAAAAUGUUGGCCAACGAUUAAAGUCAGUGGCCUGCAUCGCAUGCGCCGGCAACACAUACACCUGGCUAAAGGCACUAUCGGCGACAGCGCUGUGAUCAGUGGCUUGAGAGAAAGCGCACAGGUGUACAUCUACAUUGAUCUCCCUAAAGCCCUGGCUGAUGGAUUAAAGUUUUAUGAAUCAGAGAAUGGAGUAAUACUCACUGCUGGUGACCAAAAAGGAUAUUUGACGCCAAAAUAUUUCUUGAAGGCGGUUAAAGUCAGCACUGGUGAACUUCUAUACCCAUGAGCAAUGGAAUCGUGUUCGGGCGCGGCUUCGUCGAGUGCGGCCGCCCCGCGCUCGCCCGGCCCCCGCCCCCGCCCCCGCCCCGCUCCACCCUCCACUGUCGCGAUAGCCCCCGCGUCUCCGGCCCGGCGUGCAGAUGUCCCUGCGUCCCCGGGCAGGCGGGCAGACGUUCCUGCGUCUCCAGGCCGGCGGGCAGAGGUCCCUGCGUCUCCGGGCCGGCGGUCAGACGCUGCGGCAUCCUCGGGGCGGUGCGCGGGCGCCCCCGGGUCCCCCGGCGCGGCCGCAGCCACCCCAGGCCCGUCGACUGGCGGCGGAGGGGGCGGAGGGGGUCAAUCGCCGCGGCACCGCAUCAAGCCGCGGUUCCCGCGCCCGGAAGCCAGCAUCCCGAAAAACGUACCCGGCACGCCUGACUCCAACAGAGUUAUCGUUAGUGACUAUCCAGUAUACACACAGCCGCAAGAUCUGCUGCGAAUCUUCGCCAAAAUCGGCAACGUGAAGGUGAACUUGGUAAACACGAAAUGUUCGAUCCUGACAUACCCCACGGCGGCGGAGGCGGCCGCGGCGCUAGAGUUCAACAAGACCAAGACUAUCUACGGAUCCUUCGUCACCGUGCGACCCUACAACGAGAAGAUCCUGCUCGAAGAGGGCAGGCAGGCCAUGAAGAAUGAUUACUACAAGAAGAGGAAACAGAAGCGGAAAGUUCCAACAAUAGACCCGGUCAAGUUGGACUUGUCCGGUGACUUUCACCAACAGCUGGACAACACGCUGGGGGCGGUGCGUUUCAAUCAAGAGCAGGUAGCGGCUCUCAGCAGGCUCUACGUCGACUUGGAGCGGGUUAUGCAGACACUCUGGCCUGGUUGCACAGCAUUCCCCUUCGGAUCAAUAACGACGGGUCUCGGCAUCAAGUCUAGCGAUGCCGACUGCUACGUGAACGUGCCGCCGCAGUUCCGACAUCCCAACGCGAAUUUCGUCACUAAGGCCAAGCGGCUUCUUCAACAACAUCCCAACACCUUCACCGAGAUACUCUCCAUACCCAGGGCCAACACACCCAUAGUGAAAUUCUACCAUGUACCCACUGCAACAUACUGUGAUCUCACAUUCAAAACGCCUCUCGGGGCUCAGAACAGCAAGCUCAUAGCGUUCCUGCUGCAUUGACCGAGACUUAUACCGAUGGCAGUCUUCAUCAAAUAUUGGGCGAAAGUUCACGAUCUCACUGGUACCGGUAAACUGACAAACUACGCGCUCACCAUGAUGAUCAUAUUCUACUUUCAACAGCCGCACGUGGCCAUACUGCCGUCCGUGGUGUGGUUGCAGAGAGAUUCCGCCAACGACUACAUAGUGGACUUCUGGAACACUGGGUUCAUGUGCAAGAAAGAAUUCUUUCCUCCAACCAAGAACAGAGCCAACAUAGCGGAACUGCUGGGAGGAUUCUUCAAAUAUUAUUCUCUGUUUAACUUUGACGAGCUUAUUGUCUGUCCAUACUUGGGUUUCCCAAUAAAGAAAAUGGUGUUCCAAGACCUUUAUGCGUUACCAAACGAGUUCGACCGGUACCGCUGUAACGUGUUGCAGGGUAAUGUGUUGCCUUUGCGACUCAACACGCCCAUGUGCGUUCAGGAUCCGUUCGAGCAGAGUCACAAUGUCGCGUCCGCCAUCACGAUGCGGCUGGCGGGCGACCUCAAGGAAUACUUCAAAUUCACCGCCACCGCAUUCGAAGAAGAUAAGAAUAAUAACUAUGCUGAAUUCCUAAAAAUAAUUCUUCUACAGAAACCGAAGCUAAUACGCAACAAGUCGCAACCCGAGUUUAGAGUAAAUCUGUUCCCGCGGAUCAUCUCGGCGAUCGACAGCCCCGACUGGAAGACGGUCGCCAGAGAUAUGAUAUUCACAAUAUUCGAAAAAAUGUUGAAGAUCAAGCUCGGUAAAGUAGAAGAGAAAGUGAAUCCAGACACCAUGAAGGAGAAGGAGAAAUAUUCUGGCUUGCUGACAAAAGCAAUAUGGAAAAGGAAACAGUUGAAUAAACUGUACUCAAUCAUGAACUUGAACUUCCAGCAGAGACAGGAGCGCAUCACCGAAGAGAUAUUGAACAUCGACCAAAUUGAUUUGAACAUUAUGUUUCAAUUAGUGUUGACGUUCAGUCACGAGCCGCGCAGUGUAGUGUUGUCGCUGCGCUGGCUCUCCGGAGAAGGGGAAGAUUAUCGAGAAUUUGGUAAAUUCUUCCUUACCAUUACACAGAGCUGGUUCAUGCAUCAGUUGAGAGUACAAUAUGGAUCCGGCAUAGACAAAGAUAAGAAUGACUUACAGGAGUCUGACCCGAAUGAGUCUCUAGACUCCGACGACGACUCGCCCAGCUCAGGUGAAGCUCGCAAAGAGUCCGAGGACCGAGAGGCGUCCCCCACUACGCCCUCCCCCACUACACCUUCCCCCACUACCCCCUCCCCGACGGAUAACCGCAAAGGUUCCCCCUCCCCGCCCUCAUCUGACACUAAAUGACAUUUCUUUACGUAAUGUAAAAAUCGAUUUAUUAGUUAUAGUGAAUACAAAAUAAUACUGUUAAGCUGAAUCAUAUGACGAUUUAUAAUUUGUAGAAUUUUAAUUCGAACUUA